AUGCCAAAACGUAAAACCGGACAACGGAAAAAGGCAGAAAAACAAAAAGAACGACAGAAAUUAUUGCAGUCAGCUUUUCACAAUAAACAAUUAGUUGAAUGGCCUUGCAAUUUCCUUAUGGAUUGUGAUAAAUGCAAAAAACAGCAGAAAAAUCGUGCAUUUUGUUAUUUUUGUCAAGCAAUACAAGCACUACCUGUAUGUGCACAAUGCGGAAAACAAAAGUGUCUAUCGAAAACGGGCGAUUGUCUUAUUAAACAUGGCACUGUACAUGCUACAGGUCUUCAAUUAGUGGGUGCUAUUUGCGACUUUUGCGAAGCAUGGAUAUGCCAUUCAAAAAAAUGUCUAACAACGCAUCCAUGUCGAUGUCCAUUACAAAAUGGUGAUUGUACUGAAUGUAAUCGAAGUGUUUGGGAACACGGUGGCCGAGUUUUUCAAUGUUCGUUUUGUGCUCAAUCACUUUGUGAAGAUGAUCAAUUUGAACACCAAGCAUCUUGCCAAGUUUUAGAAUCAGAAAACUUUAAAUGUGCAUCUUGCAGUAAACAUGGUCAAUGGUCAUGCUUAAGAUGUAAAGUAUGUUACUGUGAUGAACAUAUUAAACGACGUGGCUUUAAAUACACUCAAGGUGAAGCAUAUCCGUGUCCAAAAUGUAACUUUCCAACUAAGGAAACCAAAGAUUUAGCAAUGUCGACUCGUGCUUACGAUUAUGGAAGAAAAGGUCAAGAUGACUUUGAAGAAGAAGAUGACGGUUUAGGUAUUACUAAUGGUUCUGAUUAUUUUACGCGUGGAGAAGGUAGUCGAAAUUUUACAUUUGGUGGGAAAGCUAUUGAAGAACGUGCACCAAUAGAUGAUGAUGACGACGAGAACGACGACGACGACGACGACGAUGAUGAUGAUGAUGAUGAAGAUGAAGAUGACGAUGAUGACGAUGAUGAAGAGGAAGAGGAAGAAGAAGAAGGAGAAGAAAAACAAGACGAUGACAAUGAAGAAGCAACUAUUGAUGAAUCUUUAAAAAAAACAGUUUAA